GGGGGGGGUCUUUUGAGAGGCAAGUCCAGUCCGGCUUGUGAGCCUUGUUCCUUCCUCCCUGUGUCCUCCCAGCACGGCCAGAAGGUGACCACGGCGGCCGAGGAGAAGCCCUCCUUCCUGGCCGAGCGCAUGGCCAACGUCCGGCGGAGGCGGCAGGAGCGCAGGCCCAGGGAAGGGCCGUUGACGUCCCGCAUCGUGACGUGGGAGCCCUCGGAGGAGUUCGUCAAGAGCAGCCACGUCCUCCGCACCCCCCUCCAGACCAUGUACAUCAUGGCCGACCUCGGCCCCUCCGGCAGGUCAGCCAGCCCUCCUCAUCCCGGAGUAUAUUAUCAUAUUAUUACCAUUAUAUUAUUAUUAUUAUAUUCAUUAUUCGUGACUACAUUGACGGUUCCUGGCGCUCUCCGUCUGGUUGUGAAUGGCGAGAUUGUUUCGGCCCACGGCUACGAAUACGACCACCUCUACGUCCACUUCUUCCUGGAGCUGCCCCGCGGCUGGUCCUGCCCGCCUUCGCAGCCGCUCUCCGGAGUGUCCCAGACCUGCGCCACCAAGACCUGCGGAUGGGAGCGGGUGGCCUUUUUCUCCUUCCCGUUCACCCUGGAAGUCUUCUGCAGCCAAGAGGAAGAGGCCGAAGGGGGGCUUCCGGGGUGGCCGGUGCUGUACUUCGAGGUGUUCUCCUUGGACCUGUGGCAGCGCUCCCGGGUCGAGGGCUACGGCUUCGUGGCUUUGCCGGCCACCCCAGGACCCCAUACCGUGAGAGCCCCCACGUGGCGCCCCCUGGAGCUGGGUCCCUGGGCGGAGCUGCAGCGCUUCUUCGUGGGGGGCUCCCCGGAGCUGGAGGACCCGGCCUACGCCCGCCUGCCCCCCACCUUCCAGGGAGACCGGCUCAGCCGAUUCGGGUUCCGCACCAAGACCACGGGCACCGUCAGCUUCCGCCUCCACUGCCUCCAGCAGUCCAAGUGA